CCUACCGCUCCCCAGUCCCUUUCUCCAAGCAGGAGUUUUCUAAGCAGGAGUUCUGGGAGAUGUUAGGCAGCGACCUGCUCAAACCUGACGCCUCCAGCUCCAGAGUCAAACGGCGGCCCAUUGUUAAGACCGGCAAGUUCAAGAAGAUGUUUGGCUGGGGAGACUUCUAUUCCAAUAUCAAGACGGUGAGGCUUAACCUGCUGAUCACUGGCAAGAUUGUGGACCAUGGUAACGGCACGUUCAGCGUCUACUUCCGCCACAACUCCACGGGCCAGGGCAACAUCUCUGUCAGCCUGGUGCCACCUGUCAAGGCGGUGGAGUUUGACCUGGAGCGCCAGAGCGUGGUCUACCCCAAGGACUCAAAGAUCUUCAACUGCCGCGUGGACUAUGAGAAGGUGGAUCGCAGCAAGCGCACCUCACUGUGCAACUACGACCCAUCCAAGACCUGCUUCCAGGAGCAGAUUCAGAGCCACGUGUCCUGGAUUUGCUCCAAGCCUUUCAAGGUGAUCUGUAUCUACAUUUCCUUCUACAGUACGGACUACCGCCUGGUCCAGAAGGUUUGCCCGGACUACAACUACCAUAACGAGAUGCCCUACCUGCCCUCGGGCUAG